GCUUACCUUACCUUGACAGCUCGUGUACUCUUUUGUUAGGGUUUCGAAUAAAGCAUUAUUUUAUCUACACAAAAAUUGCAGAAGAAAAUGACUCCCUUAAUAAACCCAAAUAAAAAUGGCUGAGACGUGCGUUUGCUAUUGAGUUGCCAGGGAGCGGAACCUUGGGGAAUCUCCUCAAGAGCGAGCUAAGGAUUAUGUUUCAACUCUGGGAGAAUUUUAAAUAGAUCUCAGUUGACAAGACGCUUUAGAACUGACUCCUGUCCUUUAAAAUGCUUGGCAAGUGGGUUCAGUGCUUGGAGCGCGCAGCCGGCCUCCCUGUUUCAGCCUCACGAUCGCGACCCCCUCAGCCUGCGUUACUGCAUCUCUCUCACGCAGAUGUCGCGCACAUAUAGUGCGUGUUACUUACAGUAGAACAGUUUGAACUUCAUACGCGGCCUGAAAUUCCAGCUGGGAAGAAAGCUAACAGUGACCACUGAACAGGUACCUGGACAAGACCUGUGGUGGGACCGCUCUCUCUUGUGAUAAAAAAGCAGAUGGCUUCAAUUUUUAAUGACAUUGUGAAGCAGGGAUAUGUGAGAAUUCGUAGCAGACGUUUUGGGAUCUAUCAGAGAUGCUGGCUGGUGUUCAAGAAGGCCUCCAGCAAAGGCCCCACCCGGUUUGAGAAGUUCUCGGACGAGCAGGCGGCCUACUACCGCCGCUCACACAAGGUUACAGAGCUGACUGACAUCAAAAAUGUAACGAGGUUACCAAGUGUUAAAAAGAAGCACGCAGUGAGUGUGGUUUUCAAUGACGACUCCUCCAAGGCUAUUGCUUUCGAGUCAGAUUUAACUGAAGUGCCAUUCCAAGAACGGAGACCGUCAGACUGCAGCAGCUCGUUGAUGACAAGCCUCAGACUCCAUCUUGUUACAGAACUGGAGGCCAACGAGUGGUGUAAAGCACUGCAAAUGGAAUGCCUUGAGUCGAAAAGUCGAGACUUAAACUUCGGGGAGCCAGACCUACUGGCGACGAGAGCACACAGAGAGCAGAGUGAGAGAUUCCAUGUGUUCUUGAUGCCAUCUCGUAGCUUGGACGUACACGGGGAAUGCCUUCUUCAGAUUACCAUGGAAACCAUUUGCCUCCUUGACGCACUCAGCCCUCACUCCAAAAUCGCGUCCUGGCCGUUGACAGCUCUGCGUCGUUAUGGUCGAGAUAAAACCUGGUUCACCUUUGAAGCUGGGAGGAUGUGUGACACGGGGGAGGGGCUGUUCACCUUUCAGACACGAGAGGGAGAGGCCAUCUAUGAGAAGGUCCACUCAGCAGCGUUGACCAUCGCAGAACAUCACGACUGGAUGACUGGGACGUCCAAGAAUGAGAAGACGACGGACCGGAGUGCGGCUGAUAAGAUCGCGAAAUCACCGUGCUGUCUGAGCGAGCGCUGGCCGUGCGUCAGCCGACGAGGCGGCGGCGGCGCGCGGGCGGGGCGCUCGGAAGAGAACAUCAUUGAAGAAAACAUCAUUCCUGUAGAAGUCAAGGAGAGGAGGACUUGCAGAUGAGAAUGCAAAUUCACCUCAAAGAAAAGACAGAAGAGAAACUCAUCGAGAAGAUGAGAUUUGAAAGCACAUUUAUAUUUUUUUAAAUCGCAUAAAACUGACGGAAGAAAUUUUGGGUAACUGAGCUGAAAUGUCCAGUGUUUCUUUUUAUGAUAAACAUGAGCCAGAUGAUGCACCACUGAUUUCAGUGACUUUGAAUUCUAAUGUAACUGAUGUUGUUCUUGUUUAGCACACAACUUGCUAGGUAUGUAUGUAAUGUUUGUAAUGUUAGAAGUUGCAUUGCAAACAUACUGCAUUAUUAUUAUGUAUGAUUAAUACACACAUUUAAACUGAGGAUUAUAAAUCAAUAAGACUUAAUUUCUAUAUAUAUAUAUAUAUAUAUAGCGAGAGAGAGAGAGAGAGAGAGAGAAAAGCAACUUCCUAUUUUGUGUAUAUACUGUAGAUUACCAUGUAAAUAUGUAGGACAUAAUGAGAUUUUAUGUUUUGAAAUUAACACAGGGGAGAUUUAAUCUUACUAGACAGUAGCCAAGAGUAUGGUGCUUUUUCUUUAAAAGAACUGUUGCUCCACCAGAGUGUGCUAGUGGACUGAAAUACAGUUGUUGUUGAUAGAAAAAUUCCAUUGCACUAUUUGUUAGAGUAAACUGGGCUGACUAUAUUUUAUUAAUUUGCUUGAAGUUACAUCAUUCUACAUGGUGAUAACAUGAUCAUGGCUGUACCGUACAAUAAAACUCCAUUCUCAUA